AUGGCGCCCCUGUCAUGGUCGACUGAGCCGUUUGUUCAACUGAACGAGCUGUUCAGUUCUUACGACGUGUCGGACGAGCAGUUGGAGAAGAGCAUAUCUGAGAUCCUCGAUGACUUGCGGAAUCUAUUGGAAGUUCCGGUUAAGAAUGAUUCAAGCAGAAAGUCAUUGACUCCUGACUCCACCGUGGAACUUGAAGGCGUGCAGUACCGAAUCAACUCAGACUUUGUCGCCCAGGCAUGCGUGCUUUCGGACGAGCUAAACAUUGAUGAGAAAAUCGCGGCGACAUACCUCUCCUACGGUCAAAUGAGCAGCGAAGAACUCGAUCGUCCACCAGCGCAGGCGGCCGUCAUUCUCUUCCACAUGCGACGCGGCUACAUCCUAGACAUCGUCCGCGUAAUUCUGGAGUACGCGCUACAACCGGACCUCGAUAACUACAGCAUGUACCGCGACCUAGCGAAAAAACUUGCGACUCCUGAAUUCGUCUCGCGGGUUGUCAAGAGUAUGGGUGAUCUGCGUGGAACUCUGCGAGCGUUGCAGGAAAAGGAAACAAGCGGACACUUCCUCGGCCGAGACCUCGACGAAGAGUUUGUUGAAAACAUCAAGAUCCGCCGCGACGCAACACUGAAAGAGCACGAACUGCUGUCGCAAGUACUCGUCAUGCUCUGCCGUCUCGAUUACGUCAACGCAGAUCAGCUAAAGUCACUGCUGGAGAUCACCGCCACAUUAGAACGAUAUGAUCAGGUCUUGGUUCACUAUGCUGUCGCCGUGAUUGCAUUUUUCGAAGCUAUCUGUGUACCUGUCGACGAAUUCGAUCGCAACAAAUCCAAAACCCUGCUUCAGAACGCCAUGAAGAUACAAACAUACAUCGCCGAACGCGCUCAAAAGCCAAGCGCAAAAGUUCCAUACUUCCAUGCUGCGGUCGAACUAUGGUGGUACGUUUACUUCAAUCGCAUGUGCGCGAGUGAACGUGAUAGUGAACAGAGCCUCAUCAGCAAAAUCGACUACGUCAAGGAUCUCUACAAGCCCGCUCUAUCCUGUAUAAUCAACGGCGGCGCUUUUGAAUUUAUGAUGAUUAUGGCCUCUGACUUCUCAAGCGAAUCCGAGGCUGCCACCUCUCACACAGAAAUGAAAACUAUCCUGCAGUCGAAAACACUGCAGUCAGCGGUGAAUAUGCAAGGCCAGGUCACGGGGGUCGAGAUCCCACUCGUACUUGAGGUCGCGUUCCAGACAUCAGACACGUUCGAAAAAGUCUUCACGGAGUCAAUGGGUUGCUUGGUGGACGCGAUCAUUUCCGACAUGCCAGAUCUUCUCAAAGAGCUUUGCUUCAAAGAAGAAGAGUUACUUUUCGGCGACGAUGGUGCCUCCGAGCAGCCGGACGGCAAUCAGCCUGACGAUCUUGGACCGCUAGACAUGGAGCUGGAAAAGUUUUUCAUGUUUAUCUCAUAUCUCUAUGCAGGUCGGCCAGACAGCUCAGUUGCCUUUUGGUCUGACAACGAAGGAAAUCUGUAUGGCUUCCUGGUCUGGGCGUCGCAAUGCCAGACACCGUUGAUGAUUGCUUCCUACUGCGAUAUGCUAGCCUCGCUGUCGGCAGGCGACGAAAUUAGUCUGGCGGCAUACAACUUCUUGAAAGGCUCAGAUGACUCUUCUUUCCGAGGAGGAGUAGCGCGCGCCCAGCAGCCGCGAAGUAUGAGCUGGUCAUAUCUCUUUGAAGCAUUCUCGUACUACAUCACCCAGCUGCAAGACGUAACGCCAGAGCAGAAUAUGUUUGCUUCUAAUGCGCCGUCGCGGUCGCUGAUUGCGAUCGCCGACCUUCCAGAGCUAAACGAUGACGACUCGCUGAUCAUGGCUUCGUACUUGAGACUGCUGGAGCAGAUUGCCAAGUGGAGUCCCUCGAUUGCUCGAGCUAGUCUGAUUCAGCCCACGCCAACGCUCAACGUCUAUAAUCUCUUGUUCUCGCUGCUGAAAUGCCGGACGUCGCUCACAGGAGCUAUAUUCAACGUCAUUGCUGCAUUCGCCGCUGAAGCGCCGCGCUCUGAACGAGCUCAGAUAUGGACUGCUUUGGAUUCGUGGCUUUUGCAUGAGCCGAUUGUUGUCUCUCGCACGCCUCAUGCUCUAUCUGGAGCGCCUGGCCGGUCGCAGCACCUGACGUUCCAGGAUAGGUUCAAUAUUCUGUUGACGUCUUAUCCUGACAUCUUGGGGUUCGUUUCGCUGAUUGACUGUCUGACGCGGGUUCCGAUCGACGGAUCGAUCAACGAUAUUCCGUUUCCUGACAACCUGGGCGAGCAGUAUCGAUCACCGCCCGGCAUCCGGCCAUACAUCGACUUUAUCAUGGAGGAGGUGUUUUAUCCGUCAAUGGCUGCAGAGUUGCCGCAGAAGCAGAAGCUGACGAUGCAGAUCCCCUGCCUGCGAUUCAUCCGGAAUUGUAUCCAGGACUUCAACACCGAUCUCGUCGCUCUCACCUCAGCCUCUUCAGGCGCCGAUGCCGGAUCUGGCGGCGUGAAUGUUGAGAUGUCGAUCCAGCCUCGCGGGCUCGCAAACUAUAUCCGCACACACGCAUGCGUGUGGAUAAUGGACAAGCUUUUCCAAGAAAAGAUCUACAGUGUGCUUUUUUCGAUUUCAGCGCUCGGAAUCGACACUAUCUCCGAGCCGAGCGUUAUUCGAGAUGAUGCAAACGAGGCCGUCGCAUUGGCCUUGCAGGUCAUCCUUCGCAUCCUCACGAUCGAAGACGUCUACCUCGACGUGCUCGAACCUGCAGUUAGAGCAGCGGAAGCGGGAGGAGACGGUACGAAACCCAGUCUCGUAUCGGCCUCGUCGCGGGCACUGCUCGGUAUCCGAAAUUUCGAGGACGCGAUUCUGUUUAACAUCUUUGUCGUCACGAACUUCGCACUAUAUGUCAACUCCGAGUCGAUAAACGUGGCGUCGCUGGCGAUAAAGGUGUUGGACAUCAUCGCUCGCGCGCCGCAGUUUCUCAACCUUGACUACGACGCGCCGGUGCAGGGUACGUACGCGAACGGCGUCGUGCCUGGGAUCACGAGCAAGACGUCGUUCAACUAUCAGGAAUCAGGGAAUCGGAUCGGAGUCAAUCGGCUGCUGAGUGCGUUGGACUCGGUAUCUGAGUCGAGAAGGAUUAUGUUUGGUUUUAUUUCGCAGCUGCAGAGGCCGUCGGAGAGCUACGGAGAGGAAGACGAUCCGACGGACGAGUUAAAGCUCGAGAUUUUGGAUUUCUUGUCUCGAAACCUGAAUAAAGCCUCUUCCUCAGCUUUGAGGUCCCCGUUGAGCAGUGCAGACAUGGCGCUGCUAGACAUUGAUGUCUCGACAUUAUCAGACGUGCCGACAAUCUCGCACUUUUUGCUCGGCUUCAAGAUCGGAGACGGCGCCACGGCCGCGAGCACGGCAGUCCUGCAACGCAAUCACGAGCACGGCGGGGUUGACUCGCAAGUCUCGUUGUUCAAGACCGUCGUUUCGAUUAUGUCGGAGCAUAUCCAGAACGUGAUUGACGGACGCGCAGUCAGUCCCCGGGAUGCCGCGUUUUGUCGGAUCUCGAUGGAGAUCCUGUACAAGCUGUGCACGGCGAAGAUCUCGUCGCCUGUUGCGCUAGAGUUGCUGCGUAGUAGCGACUAUGAUUUCUUCAAGUCGCGCAUCUCGGUUGAGCCGCUGGUUACGAUGAACACCACACGAUGGGGCGCCGCGACGUUUAGAGAGUUGCUGACGCCUCCGAAUAACGGGGAGUACGAGGAGCUCGAAGAUCCCUCUCUGAUGGAUCGCUACGUACCGACCGAGGUGGACGAGGAGAAAGCGACUACGACUCUGCUUCACUUUUUCGCCUCUCGUACGUGUCUGUUUGAGUACGCCUCAGUCGAGUUACACAGUGUUAGCGAACCCAUCACGUCUGUAUUUGAAGGGUACGUCAAGCUACUGACAAUAGCCAACGGCGUCGACAAAGAUUCCUCUUCCUCUGCGCUUGACUUUGGAGUUCCGAUUGCGUGCGAAACAGCAAAAGCCCUCGAACUGCUUGAUUUCCUUGAAUUCGACAUUGAGCAGCUUGCGGGCCGAUGGGGCGUCAACGGAAGCCCGAUCAAGAUCUCGGAUAUCCUGCCACUAGUCCAGGAUGUGCCGGCUGCGGCGGCAGAAGGAAGCGGGGACGCGCUAGCCGUGCAGGCAAGCGACUACUCGUUUGUGUUUGGCGGGUUGCGGCUCGACGACGCAUGCAUGUAUGCGCUCCCCCCUACGAGAUCGACGAUGACCGGCGGUGGCUCGGGUGACUUUUUCGGGCCGAGCGAGGUCGUGUAUGAUAUGACGCGUGUGGAAGGGAUCCUCGAGCUGAAGGUGCGAGAGCAGCAGAACCUUGGUCGGCUGCCGUAUCCUACUCCGGAGAUUGUCGAGCGGCAAAGACGGCGAAUAAUCAUUGCCUGUCGCCGAUUCAACGCGAUCAUCUCUCUCCGCCGGGCUCAGAGCCAGUGUCUGGCUGCCUGGUGCCGGCUGCUGAGAAUCAUACUGAUCGACACCACGCCGCUCAUCUCGGAGCCAGACCGGAUCCCCGGCCGAGACUCGUUCAUGCUCGAGACAAUGCAGGUGCUCGCGCCAAAGAUGCUGCACUACGCGCACGUAUGGGAGUCGCGCGUGGCCGAGCAUCUCGCGUCGGCCUGUGCGUCGCUGAUUGCAGGAAUAUCGCAGUACGCGGCGCUCGAGGAGUCCUCAGCAAAUGGGCGAGAAGACGACGAGGACGAUGUCGCGACGGAUAUCGCGCACACGGUAUUCCGCGGGUCGUUGAUUGCUGUGCAGAGUCCGUAUGCGUCCGCGUCUGUGCGCGCGGAUCUGUACACGCUGAUCAACAUUUUCAUCUGCAGCCAGCCGACGUGGAAAGUCGGCAAACUCUCACAGCUGCAGCGGACGAUCGAGAGUUGCGCAAACGGCGCGCCGACGAUGUCGUCGAGCGGCGAAGGGCAAAAUGCAGACGACGUGAAGGAGAACAGGCUUAUUGAGCGGAUAGCGAAUGACGCGGUAUCGGGCGAGGGCAUUACACGCAUCAUGUCGCUUACCGUGCUGCGCGCGUUCGCGGCGGUCGAGAACGUGACGGGACGGUACUUUCUGCUGAACGCGUUGGUGCGGUAUAAUCUUUUGCUGCUGCUGGUGCGGUCUAUCCGACGCAUCGAUGAGGAAUUGGACGAUGAGAAUAGAGUCUCAAACUACGAGGUCACCGCCUUCAAAGCCGUGAUGGUUUUCCUCACCGAGUUGGCCCAAUCGCGAACCGGCGCCGCGCAAAUCAUCCAGUCAGGCCUCUUCCCACUCAUCCAGGGCAUGAAAUACCUCACGAUCGACCCCGACGUCGGCAUCUUCACAUUUGCCUCACACGCGCCCGUCAACCCCGUCGGCUCGCGCACGCUGUCCUCGUUCUGGCCCGUGAGCGAAAGCGGCGGGUCAGCAGGCGGUGGCGGACGGAAUGUGUUUUUCGAGCUCGUGGCGCCGACGCUGAGGUUGCUUGCUUGUUGUUUGCUGAGCAUGGGACAGCGUAAUUACGUCGUGCUCAAGUACGUGCGCGACACGCUCAGCCGACGGAUGUUGCUUACGCGGGCUAUUUUAAGACGCAUCGUUGGUCUUGACGUGAGUCAAAGCGGGCAGGGCGAAGCUAGUGGGGUGACUACUACCGAUGACGAGAUUGCGUUGCUGGAAUCUGGGAAACUUAUUAUUCUGAUGUCGAAUUUGACGAGUUCGGUCGCGGAGGAAGAGGCGGGAAUAGCUUGA